UCCUUGCUUGUGUGGAAGAUGUCCUGCUCCAGCCUGUGUGCCCCUGCCUGUGGGGUGGCCGCCCCGGCCCCACUGGCUGACAGCUACAACGAGCCCUGCGUGCGCCAGUGCCCCGACUCCACCGUGGUGAUCCAACCCCCGGCCUCCGUGGUCACCUUCCCUGGGCCCAUCCUCAGCUCCUUCCCGCAGAGCUCCGUGGUUGGCUCAGCAGGAGUGCCCGCCGUUGGAUCUGGCUUGGGUGGCACCUUUGGACGUAGUGCCGGCUUUGGGGGCUAUGGAGGCCUGGGAGGCUAUGGAGGCUCUUAUGGCCUUGGGGGCUUUGGGGGCUAUGGAGGCUUUGGCAGCUGUGGAUACGGUGGCUUGCGCCGAGGCCACAGGUACCUCAGCGGCAGCUGUGGGCCCUGCUAAGCACAGCAGUGCCUCUGUCUGUGGUUGAAGGAGAGCUCUGGAGAAGUCCCAGCACAUCCUCACUUGAUGCCAUGAGGAAGGAUUUCCCUUUGCCAUUGCUGGGCACUCGUGCUCAGUUAUCCCAUCCCUGCACAGGGACUCUGUGCUCUAUCUUCCUUUGCUGUGCUUGAACUUCACUUCCGGUCUGGACACCCCAUGACAUCGGAGACCAGAGCUGGCUGCCUGCACCUUUCCCUCUGUCCUGUGCAAGAGGUUGGGAACAUCUGCUGGCCAGAGGCUGCCCUUCCGCCACCUCCUUCAACCAUGGAACCUGCAAUAAAAUCUAUCUUGCAUCACAGUUUCCAUCUCUGAGUUUUCCUUCACAUCUCCAUUAUGCCGACUUCCCACUGAAGACACAAAGGCUCUCUGGGGCCAUCAGUUCCAGCUUACAGCUGAGCCUUCUCAGGAUCUCUGUGGGCACUGCCCCCUCCCCUCUCACCUGCCCUGCGCACCAAAAGCUUCAGCAGGAGCUUCCCCAGGCAGGCUCCAUACAAUGCCUUCAGUACCUGCUCCUCCCUCAGAGCUCUCCCCCACUUCUCUGCCCCUGGUUUCUGCCUGCUGCAGCUCAAGAGGAGCUCUUGGCCCCAUACAGAGCUCAGGGUCUGCUCUUGAGUGUCCCUGUAGCUGGCCUUUGUGAUGUGGGAUCUGCGGACAGACAGACGUGCACCCUUCUAAAGGACAAAAAGAAUUCCAGAGACUCCUGGGAUGCCAUGAGGCAAAGGGAGGAGGGUGAUAGCCCAGGAGCAACCUUGUCUACAGCCUCUCAAGAUUCUUUCCUGCUCCACUUCUUUCCAGAGCUUCAUAUGGCAUCAAGGAUGCUGAUUUUCCCCACCUUUGCUCAGAAACAAUUCCACAGCAGCUGUGAAAAAUUGCUCUGACAGGGCAGGGCAGCACAGCCGUGCUUCACUCUGCCCCAUGUAGUGAAUGCAAUGCUGGGCCCUUGGCUGCCCUUCAUCUCAUACAAACCUCCUGGACUGAGGCUACCCAAAUAACCCUCCACCUCAGCAUGAUGGGGCCCAGCCACCACCUCCCACCAAUGGGCCCUCACCCACCCCACAUGGGUCACCACAGGAGGCAAAACAUGGAGUUUGGCUGAGCACGCUCACACAGCAGCCAGCAGACAGGUGGGAAAGGAAGGGAGAAAUUGAGGUGUAGCCAAAGGCAAGGGAGGAAGGACAAUUUUCUGCUCAUCCAGUGUAGGAAACCUAUGGCUGUUCCAGAUAUUUGCUGCCUUUUCACCCUUCCCUGUCUUCCAGUUGUUGAUGAGUGUGUUCUCCUGAGGUCCCCGGCAGUGACCAACGUGCUGCUCCACUGCCCACCUUGAUUUCUCUGGCAGGAGUCGCCUCUGUGCAAGACUAGUGCACAGUGCUAGGAUUGUGGAAUCUGAAGAUGUCUGGGGAAAAAAAGGGAUGUAAGGAGAGGAG